GUUUUUUUUUUAAAUCUUUUCCUUAUUAUAUUCAUUAUAAAAUCAACAUGCCGGCACCUAUGGCCCAUCCUGUCCUCAAGAAUGGCGUUGGAACAUUUAUCCCUCAAUGCCGUCGCCUUGUCUUUCACUACUGCGAACGAAGCGGGAGCUCUCGUGGCAUGAUUGAAUAUGUCAAGAAAGACCUGAUUGAAUUUGCAAAAGAGCACCCACACGUUGAAGUCAUUGUUACACCUAGACCCUCUAAACACCCCGUCAUCCGCGGCUUAUACCUCAAUGGAAAGGACAAGGUCGUGUGCGUACGCAAUAUGGAGCCUAAGGAUAUUGCAGGCAAAGUUCAAUUGUUGAAGGAGUCUGCUGGUAACAGGAUGAAGGUUUUCAAGAAGCCUGUUAUUUCUACUACAGAGUCUGUCCGUGGUAUCUGGUCACCUUUCCACACUACUCCCCAUCAGAUUUAAAAAAAAAAAAAAAAAAAAAAAAAA